AUGGGUUCCCCAUUUUCUAAGCCAGAGCAGGUCACUGAAAAGGCACCUUCAUCGAAGAUGGAGGUUGCUAUCACUGGUCAGAAUGUAGAACAGGAAUAUACUGAAUAUCCUUCUUUGGUAUAUCCUGUCCGAGACAGAAUCAAGACUUUGGCUCUCCCACAUGUGAAUGACUGGAACCAGACUCUAUUGGGUGAUGACAAGAACCGCCUCGCGAUCUCCAGUUUCGCCAGUCAGCCCUACACACAGCUUCUCACUGAUCGCCAAGCUCUGCGGUCAGACCUGCAGCUUUUCAAUCUGACCAUCCCAGUGGAAGGAGGACCGAUCACGAACCAACGCUCCUCCGGACGUUGCUGGCUCUUUGCCUCAACCAAUGUCUUCCGUGUACCGCUCAUGAAGGCCUACCAGCUAAAAGAAUUUGAGCUUAGUCAAGCAUAUCUAUACUACUGGGAUAAAAUCGAAAAGGCGAAUUGGUUCUUCGAGCAGAUCAUCGCUACUGCAGACGAAGAUCUCUCUAGUCGGUUGGUCCAGAAACUCUACGAGGAUCCAGUCACCGACGGUGGCCAGUGGGAUAUGGUCGCCAAUCUAGUACAGAAGUACGGACUUGUGCCACACACACUGUACCCCGAUGCAUACCACGCGCAGAACAGCUCUAAGCUAAACUGGCUCCUCACAGCCAAAUUGCGAGAGCAAGCAUUAGCCCUCCGCAAGCUGGCUGCUAAGAAAGGAGAUCCCCAGGCUGCAUAUUUACUCUCUGUUAGCAAGGAUAAGUUCCUCCAGGAGGUUCAUUCGCUCGUUACUCUUCUGCUGGGCCCUGCGCCGAGCCCUGAUAAGCCAUUCGUUUGGCAAUACUACGAUGCCAGUGGGACUGCUCGUGAAGUGCGAAAGACCCCGAUUGAAUUUGGUCAGCAGGCUCUGAAGUCCCAGACUCGACCUCUGUCGCGCACUAGUGGUCCUACUCUUUCCCCAGGACGAAUGUUCAGUCUAGUCAACGAUCCGCGUAAUGAGUACAACCGGUUAUUGACUGUUGACCGACUCGGUAACGUGGUCGAAGGUCAACCCCUCACAUAUGUCAAUGUUGAGAUGCCGACGCUCAAGCGAGCAGUUAUUUCGAUGCUCAAAGCUGGACACCCUGUCUUCUUUGGCUGCGAUGUGGGCAAGUUCUCUGACAGUUCCCUUGGUGUUAUGGAUACUGGUCUCCUUGACCUCAAGCUCGGAUUCAAUGUCUCGCUUGGCAUGAACAAGGCUGAGCGCCUCGCCAGCGGGGAGUCAUCCAUGACUCACGCUAUGGUUAUCACGGCCGUACAUCUCGAGAAUGAUAAGCCUGUUCGCUGGCGUGUGGAGAAUUCGUGGGGUGAGGCUGCUGGAGAGAAGGGUUGGUUUGUUAUGACUGAUCGAUGGAUGGAUGAGUAUACCUUCCAGGCGGUUGUGGAUUCGAACUAUGUUUCAGGCGAGGUUCGGUCAAUUCUGACGCAGACUCCUAAGGUAUUGCCCCGGUGGGAUCCUAUGGGAGUCCUGGCUUAG